AUGCCCCCCGCCACUUCACGCUUCACACGGGGCACGUACGACCACCAGCUGGAUGCGACGCAGCGAUACAUCACCAGCCCUGAGUUCGAUUCCCGCCCUCCUAGUCCUUCCAGUAUCCCAUCCCACGAGAAGAACUCUCUUGUCCCAAUGUUUCCACAACCCCCUGAUCGUUCUCGUCGCAGUCCACACCCAACCCCGCCUUUUUCUCCGAAGCAUGCAAUAUGUUCUGCUCAUCCUCCCCAUCCGACGCCACCCUUUUCUCCACAGCAUGCUAUUUAUUCCACUCAUGCUCCGCAUCCAGCACCCUCCUUCGCUCCAAAGCAUGCCAGGUACUCUUCGGCUCCGGCUCGACCUCCAUCACCAGACCGGCCCAAGGUGUGGCGUCCUCCUACCCCGUCCCAACAAUCUUCCCAGCGAGCCAGACCGACCGCCAAUGAGCCUGACCUUGAAGCUUCAGCCCGUUCCUACGCAGGAGCAAGGGCCCAAGCCGAAGCUGAUGCAAAGCGUAGAGUUCAGGAAGAGGAAGCCAAAGCGAAGGAGAAUGGUCGCAAGCAAGAGGAAUGGAUGAAGCAGCAGGAGGGACUGCGAAAACAGGGGCGCAACGCUGCGGAGCAGAACACGAGGCUGGGGACAGAGUGGGAGGAGAAGUUCAAGAAUGAGCAGGAGCAAUUCUGCAACAGGAUGGCGUCGCAGCAACAGCAGCUGCAACAAUCAUCCUUGUCCCAGCCCUCCACGCAGCAGAGAACACAGCAGUAUCAAAGACCUCCAUUGUCGACUCGGCAUUCCGACCCCUCUGGUGUAGGGACCUGGCCUCCGCAUAAGUCCGUAACUCCCACCCCACCUCCCUCGCCGUUGCAGCAUCUGAAAGAGCGGAUUCCCUCGUCCCAAUCGCCAUAUAUUUGCCACGAAAAACCCACCGCACAUGUUCUUCGUCCUGAGCUUCCAGAAGGCGGAGGUGUUGCACCAAAGGCGACAACUACUAGUAAGGCUGGUGGAAUGCGACACACGGAAGAAGCCGAAACCCAAGAGGGAAAGCCAAGUUCCUGCGAACUAGAGAAAUGGUUGAGACAGCAGGAGGAAUGGAUGAGACAGCAGGGAGAAUGGAUGGCUCAGCAUGGGGAAUGGAUGAGGCUGCAGGAGACGUGGAUGAGGACGCAGAUGCAAGCACGGAAAAGAGAGCAGAGGCAGGGGAGCCUAUUCGCCUCGGCUGACAUGGCUGCGAACCUAGAGGCAUGA